AUGCAGGUGUCAAUUGCAUGUACGGAACAUAACCUGAAGAGUCGCAGCAGUGAAGAUCGACUGUGUGUGCGCUCUAACACACACCUGCAAGGGGCAGGGCCAUGCAAGGCACGUGCAUAUUGCACACGCCCGUACACACAAGGACAUGCUCAUAUGAAAGAGGCCAUCGGACGCAAUACCAACAUGAAGUACAGAAAUCUGGGGAAGUCUGGUUUAAGAGUAUCCUAUCUUGGUUUGGGGACUUGGGUGACCUUUGGUUCUCAAAUCUCAGAUGAGAUGGCAGAGAACUUGACAACCAUAGCAUAUGAGAAUGGAAUAAAUCUGUUUGACACUGCAGAGGUAUAUGCAUCAGGAAGAGCUGAAAUUACCUUGGGUAAUAUCCUUAAGAAGAAAGGAUGGAGACGCUCCAGUUAUGUCAUCACCACCAAGAUCUACUGGGGUGGACAGGCAGAAACAGAAAGGGGUCUUUCCAGGAAGCACAUCAUUGAAGGCCUGCGGGGUUCCCUGUCCAGACUGCAACUGGACUAUGUAGACAUUGUCUUUGCAAAUCGCUCUGAUGUCAGCACUCCUAUGGAAGAGGUGGUUAGGGCCAUGACAUUUGUGAUAAACCAGGGAAUGGCCAUGUACUGGGGCACAUCACGGUGGAGUGCCAUGGAGAUCAUGGAGGCAUACUCUGUGGCACGGCAGUUUAAUCUGAUCCCUCCAGUGUGCGAACAGGCUGAAUAUCACUAUUUCCAGAGAGACAAGGUGGAGGUGCAGCUGCCUGAGCUCUACCAUAAAAUCGGAGUGGGAGCGAUGACAUGGUCUCCACUGGCAUGUGGUCUGAUCUCCGGGAAAUACUGUGAUGGUAUUCCAGAUGGCUCCCGAGCAGCUAUGAAGGGCUAUCAGUGGCUGAGGGACAAGAUGCAGAGUGAGGAUGGACAAAAGCAGUUAGUCAAAAUCAAAGAGCUCCAACAGCUGGCCGACAAGAUGGGCUGCACAGCCACUCAGCUUGCGAUAGCAUGGUGUUUGAGGAGUGAAGGUGUAAGCUCUGUACUGCUGGGAGUCUCCAAUACUGAACAGCUGCUGGAAAAUCUUGGUGCUAUCAGGGUUCUUCCCCUAAUGAAUCCACAGACAGUCUCUGAGAUUGAUUCUCUCCUAGGGAACAGACCACACUCCAAGAAGGAGGCACGGUCAUGA